AUGCAGAGUCCCUGCUCGAGUGUGACUCGUGUUUUCUCUGUUCCCUCCCUCAGCCCCAUCAUGGAGCAGAGUCCGUCUAACGAGAAGCUCUCUGAAACCACCGUCGGUCAGCCUUCCUCCGAGAGACACGGCACCAUUGUCGGCGAAGGGCUCGCCACAGCCCAGCUCUGCAUGACCGCCUCCUCCAUCACCAUGGUGCAGCCUCCCUCCCCUGUGCUCUCCUUCAGAGACCAGACCACCUAUACGACCGACUCCUCCAUCCCCAGGACCGCGGGGCCCAGCUGGGACGUGUACACGAGCCCCGAACCCAAACGGGCCUCCCUGAUCUCGCAGCCGGAGAGUUCAGUCGGACGCAAAAGCGAACCUUUUACAAUCAUGGAAGAAUCAGACGAACCCGCCCACAAACAAGUCUACGAUGUUCCCAUGAGUCCGGAGUGUGCUCCCAAACCAGACUGGCUGGCCGUCGGCAGCCCUGAGGUCUCGCUCGAGCCGGACCUGGACGCCUUCCUGAGUCCCCGUCCGCUCAACAAAGCGGAUGCUGUCUCGGACAAGACCCUGGUCGUCCCGAUGAGUCCAGAACAGCCACAGUUCUGUUCCGACGUGCCCAUGAGCCCGGGGCCGCCGCCGCCGCCGCCGCAGUUCAUCUCUGUGGAUGAACCCAUGAUGAGUCCAGACAGAGGGCUGCGGCCGAGCGCCACCGACGUGUCCAUGAACGCAGCGACGCCAGCCUGGGCGGCUGCAGCCCGGCUGGUGUCAGAUCCCUGGGACGAUGAAGUGAUCUCUGAUCUACUGUCAAACCUCACGCCGCCUCUCACCUCUCACCCCAGCUGCUUCACCUGGCAGUGCAACGUACCCAACAUCUCCCCAAAGACGACCAUCAGCAUGGGAAACGCUUCCCUGCGAGUCGACCGUAUCCUCGGAGAAGGUGCUUUCGCAACGGUCUACCAGGCUACUGACCCCAAGAGCUCGGAGAAGGUGGUGUUAAAGGUUCAGAAGCCGGCCAAUCCCUGGGAGUUUUACAUCAACACUCAGCUGGACGCCCGGCUGAAACCCGACGUCCGUCACCUUUACAGCAGCAUCCGCUCAGCUCACCUCUUCCACAACGGCAGUGUGCUGCUGGGUGAGCUUCACAACCACGGCACUCUGCUGAACGCAGUGAACAUCUAUAAAACCCUGAGUGACAAGGUGAUGCCUCAGCCUCUCGUCAUGUACUUCACCGUCUGUAUCCUGCACAUGGUGGAGCAGCUGCACAGCGUCCACCUCAUCCACGCCGACAUCAAACCUGACAACUUCCUGCUUGGAGCGAGGUUCUUGGAUAACAAGUGUUUUGAGCCGGAGAACACAGGCCACGGCCUUGUCCUCAUCGACCUCGGACAGAGCAUCGACAUGGAGCUUUUCCCAGAAGGCACUGCUUUCACCGCCAAGUGUUUGACCUCAGGCUUCCAGUGUACCGAGAUGCUCAGCGGGAAACCCUGGAACUAUCAGACGGAUUACUUUGGAAUAGCAGGGACUGUCUACUGCAUGCUGUUUGGGACCUACAUGCAGGUCACAAAUGAAGGCGGCGCAUGGAGGACAAACGGUGUAUUUAGAAGAAACCCCCACAGCGACUUGUGGCAGGAGUUCUUCCACACUCUGCUGAACGUGCCGGACGGCGGCUCGCUGCCGAGCCUGCGGAGCCUCCGCUGCAAACUGACGUCCGUCCUGCAGCAGAACUACAGCAGCAAACUGCCCACGCUCAAGAGCCGCCUGGUGAUUCUGCUGCUGGAGAGCCACAGUGCAGUGAGGAGAUGAGAACGCCUGAGACAGACCUCAGUUUAAUUUAAAAAAUAAAAUAAAAUUAAAGGUGCGACGAGAGAGAAUUUUGCGGAAGGGGAUUAGGGCCACAUGUGAAAAUGUUUUUUGAGUGCUGAGAUUAAAGUCAGAAUUCUGACUGGCCCUAAUCCUCUUCUGCAGAAUUUGUACAUAGAAAAAUGUAAUUAUAUUUACUUGCUUUUUAAAUUUCAUUUCAUCAGCUUCCAAAUUGUUUUAACGUUUUUUUGCAUUAUAAUUUUUCUUUGGUAAAGAAUAAAAAUGGGUUCUCUUGAUUUGUUCAACGGGAGUUUAUUGAAGCUAGUCCGCACAGAUAUGCAAUAUUAUCUGAUUCAACUGUUUAAUUAUCUGAUGAAACUUUUUAUUUCUUUUUUUUUUUUUUUUUACAGAAUUGGUGUAGUUGUGAAAUAAGCUUUUUAGGAUUACAAGUUUUUUAAACGGAGUAAGAUUUGGUUACGGUUUGUUAUUAAAGGUCUCUACAGUGUGCUCUACA